CGGCCGGGCGCUUCUCCGUUAGAGGCCCGGGGCGGCGGCUCCUCGGCUGACAGCGCGGGACCAUGGCCGAGGCGGCCCCGGCUGCGCCCCAGGAAUGGCUGAGGGGGGCUGACCUCCACCGGGAGGCCCAGAUCCAGUCAGCGGAGAUCUCCCUCCUGGCCAUGGUAGCCGCCGUCCAGGCCGUGGAGAAGAAGGUGGAGGCCCAGGCGGCCCGGCUGCAGAGGCUGGAGGGCCGCGCGGGCAGUGCCGAGAAGAAGCUGGCGGACUGCGCGCAGACGGCGGCCGAGCUGGGCCAGCAGCUGGAGGGCAAGUGGGCCGUGCUGGGCACGUUGCUGCAGGAGUACGGGCUGCUGCAGCGGCGCCUGGAGAACAUGGAGAACCUGCUGCGGAACCGCAACUUCUGCGUCCUGCGGCUGCCGCCGGGCAGCAAAGGCGACACCCCCAAGCUGCCCGUGACCGCCGACGACACGGCCGUGACCUUCCCGGAGCAGGAGUGGGGCGGCCUGCAGGACUGGCAGGAGCAGCUGUGCAAACGAGCCGAGGCCCUGGCCUGCCAGGCAGACACCUGCCUGGGCCGCAAGGAGAAGAGUCUGGAGGGGCCUGAGCCAGCCUGGGCAGCCGAAGGGGCACCCGGCGAAGAAGCCUUCACGGAGGGCACCCGUGGGGACCGGCCUCCCCUGCAGGAUCCCCCCACUCGGCCCGCCCCGCCUCGGGACCCCCAGGGCCCAGCCGCCGCGCCAGCCGCGGGGACCACGGGGCCGCGUGGCCAGAGCUUGGCCCAGAAGGAGCCGGGAGCACCGCCCCGGCGCCCCCGGCCCGGCCCGCGGCCCCUGUCCUGCGCCCAGUGUCCCCCGGACCUGGCUCCACCCGCGCCCGCGGGCCCCCGCGCCUACACGUGCGCGCAGUGCGGCCAGAGCUUCGUGCACCAGUCCACGCUCACGGCGCACUCCCGCACGCACACGGGCGAGCGGCCCUUCCAGUGCGCGCAGUGCCAGAAACGCUUCGGCCGCCUGUCCACGCUGCUGGAGCACCGGCGCACGCACACGGGCGAGAAGCCGUUCCAGUGCGCGCAGUGCCAGAAGCGCUUCGGCCGCCUGUCCACGCUGGUGGAGCACCGGCGCACGCACACGGGCGAGAAGCCCUUCCAGUGCGCGCACUGCGACAAGCGCUUCACGCGCCUGGCCAACCUGACGGUGCACCAGAACGUGCACCCGGGCGAGCGCGCCUUCCAGUGCGCGCAGUGCGCCAAGCGCUUCGCCCAGAAGGCCGCGUUCCUGCGCCACCUGCGCGCCCACUCGCGCGAGAAGCGCUUCCCCUGCGGCCAGUGCGGCCAGACCUUCGCCUGUCGCUCCUGGCUCGUGCGCCACCAGGGCCGCCACGCCGCCGCCGUUGCCGCUGCCGCCCCGGCCUCCCCGACCCAGGGCCCCCCUGCGGGGGCGGGCUGGGGGCGGACUCCCCGGGACCCCACCGCUGCCGCCGCCGCCCCUCGGGGGGCUGAGGGCUCCGGGACGGAGCCGGGCCAGCGGGGCCGGCCUGGGGGCAGGCAAGCCAGUGGCCGCGAUCAGGGAGGUCCCGGGGCUUCUCUGCACAGAUCUCUCUCCCGCGUGAAGAUGGAAAAUGCGGGAUAG